AUGAAUAAUUAUAAACCCCAAAUUAAUAUAAAACCACUCAUUUCUACCCGCAACUUCUUGGCCGAAAUCAUUCAGAAUGCCCGGAAUGAUUAUGAAAAAGCCGGAGCCAUCCAAGCCUUUGAAGUCUGUUAUGAAUUAGCCAAAAACACCCUAAGAAAGGUAUUAUUGCUACGGGCUCAGCAAGAAGUUCCCAUCACUCCUAAAGAAGUAUUUCGGUUGGCCGGUUUAGAAGGUCUAAUUCCGGAUGCCGAAAUCUGGUUUGAAUUUGCCAAAAAAAGAAAUAAAACCAGUCAUACUUAUGACGGAGAGAAUUGCCUGAAUGCUACUACAACUCGAACCCCGACAUUACCAAAUAAUCCAGCAAAUACUAA